AUGGUUGCAAAAGAUCCAAUGGCUCGGCUAUUGGAAUCAGGGAAUCUUGUAGUCCAAGGCAAAAACAGGGAUGCCGACUCUGAGAUUUAUGCAUGGCAGAGCUUUGAUUAUCCAACGGACACGUCUUUAGCAGGGAUGAAGAUUGGAUGGAACAUGAAAACCUGUGUGGAACGUUAUUUAACAUCAUGGAAAAGCUCUGAUGAUCCAUCAACUGGAGACUUUUCUUUCCAUAUUGACAUCAAAGGUAUGCCUCAGGUCAUAGUUUCCAAAAGAACAACGAGAAUGUUGAGAUUGGGGCCAUGGAAUGGAGUACGAUUAAAUGGUGUGUAUGUGAGAGGAAACACUAUUUAUGGUUCAAAUUUUGUAUUCAAUGAGAAUGAGUCCCAUUACAUGUUCAAGCCCACAGUUAGCAAUGAUGAAGAAGUUACGCGUGUGAGAUUGAGUAAUUCUGGUAAUUUGGUGCGUUUUGUAAUCUAUAAUAGCAGCACAGAGUGGAGAACCAUGUCCUCUAUGCCAUAUGUGCUCUGUGAUAGAUAUGGAUACUGUGGUGCUACCGGUGUCUAUAGAAUUAAUGGGAAUCCAAUAUGUGACUGUCUGGAGGGAUUCACCCUAAAGUCCCAGAAAAAACCUCUGGAUUGCAAGGAUGGGGAUGGUUUUAAGAAGCUUGUUCGGGUGAAAGUGCCUGACUUGUUGGACUUCUGGUCGAACAAGAGAAUGAACCUCGAAGAAUGUAAGGAGAUGUGCUCAACGAACUGUUCUUGUGCAGCUUAUGCGAAUUCUGAUAUCAGAGAAGGUGGCAGUGGAUGCUUGAUGUGGUUUGGUGACCUCAUUUAUGUCAGCGAGUUGAAAGCACAAUUUAUUGGGCUGAACUUCUAUAUACGGUUGUCGAAGUCUGAACUCAGUAAGUCUUCCCCUGUCACAUUUUUUAUUGUCAUUGUCCUGCUUGCUCCUUCACUAAAGAUGAAAUCCUUUUACUGUUCUGAUCAAUCUAAGAAACAAUAA